AUGCUAUCGCGGUGGCAAACAUUUCGACUUAUUUCAAUAUAUGCAAUUCUAUCAGGAAUCACUAAUUUUCCGUCCGGAUUUACUAACUCGACCGUCAACACUGCCGUAGAAAAAUUACACCAAUUUAUUGUCACCUCACUAAGCAAACGGGGAUAUCCGGAUGAUGAAAAUCUUGUCGCUUUAGUUAAGUCUGCUACUCUAAAUUGCUGGUUUGUUUCCCAAAUUUUCGGAGCAAUGAUUACUCCAACAAUUUCCGAUAAUCUUGGAAGAAAAAUUGGAUAUAUAAUGUGCGUAUCCGUUACAAUAAUCGCCACUUUAAUACAAUAUUUAUCAAUAAUCUUUCAUAUUCCCGAGACCCUCAUUAUUGGCAGAGCAUUGACUGCAUUUGUGUCGCCAUUGGGAGACGCUUGUCUUCUGCUGUACGUACAGGAAACCUCUCCCGUCGAAAUUCGUGGAAUGUCUUCAUUCUUGUGUGAGAUUGGUUAUGGAUCGAUGUGCGUAUUAGGAAUGAUUCUUGGCAUGGAAUCAGUUUUAGGCGAAUCACUUGCACGCCUACUUCUAUUAUCUUUCUUUCCGUUGUUCUUUUCGCUUUUAUUCGUUAUUCAGCUUCCAGAAACUCCCAAAUUUUUGCUGAUUGUUCGGAACGAUGAAACAAAAGCGAUGAAAUCUCUAGAAUAUUUUCAAGGAGACACGGCUAACAAUGAGCAUCUUCUCUCUGAAUAUCAAUUAGAAAAGGCUACUGAGAAUAAUACCAAAAAAUCUACAUUUGCGGAUUUGAUAAACAAAUGGCAUUUGAGACAAGCAAUGCGAAUUGCGCUGGCAUCAUUGGCUCUAACUUUAUCAUUUUACCCAAUGCUUCAAUCCUCAACUUAUUUCCUUUUAGAAUCUGGAGUACAGAGUGAUAUUGCCGAAAUAUGCUCAACCGCCGCACAAGUUGUUCUGACGGCUUCCUCAGUUUUUGGCGCUUCGAUCAUUGACAGGUUCCCGCGACGAAAACUUAUUAUUAUCUUUGGAAUAAUAUCGAACAUUCUCCUCGUUUUCUUUGCAUUAUUUUCGCACAUAUCAGUUGCAUCAAGUGCUGAAUGGCCAAAAUAUGCCUGCCUCGUCUCUCUAAUUGUUUACUGUAUUUCUUUCGGCAUGGUGCUUGGCCCGCUCUCAUGGUUCGUUGCUCCAGAAUUGGUCUCACAACGACAUCGUUGCACAAUUUUCUCAGCUUGUUUCGCUAUCCACAAUACACUCAUCGCAUUGACGGAUUUUGCAACAAUUCCAUUGUUCAGGAUUUUCGGAGCAUCGUGUUUCGUGAUGUUGUUCGUUGUUCCGUCAAUCAUGUGCAUGAUCUACUUAUAUUUUUACAUGCCCGAAACACUUGGAAAAUCAACUCUCGAAAUCAUCAACGAUAUGAUCGAGAGAGGACUCCAAGGACGUCUCGACUAUGUUGAUUUGAACACCCCAUCGUUUCAAGUGAGACCUCGAAUGUUUUCGAUAACAUCUGCUAAUAGGGGAAUCGUCACCAUCUACUAA